AUGGACUCGCUGCUAGCAGCGGGGCCAGCGCUGGCAGAGGUAGACGAUGGCCGCAACGACUGCAGCGUGAGCCCCCUUCGGAGGUGGCGAGAGGUGGAGCUGAAUUCGCCAGUAAAGCCUGGGGAGCGCAGUGGUGCAUCCAGUGUCAUCUACCAGGAUGCGCUCUACGUUUUUGGCGGCUAUGGCGGCAGUGGUCGGCUAGAUGACAUCUACCGCUUUGACUUCCCAUCCAGGUGUUGGACGCGAUUGGAGGUGCAGGGCACUGUGCCCGCUGGCCGCGAAAACAACGGCGCGGUGGUGCACAGCAAUAAGAUGUAUUUGUUCGGAGGAUACUCCGGCUUCACCUGGCUGAACGACUUCCAUAGCUUCAAUUUCGACACCAGCACCUGGCAGGCAGUGCCGUGGGGGCGCUGUGAGACAUGCGCACCGCCGAAUCAUGGGUCUGCGUUGCUGCAGCGGGGCACCAAAGCCUAUAUGAGCACCGACCGUGCGAAGGCCAAACCGGCCGGGCUGGAGCGCAGCCUCUUCAUAUUACCAGCAGAUGCAGAUCCUACGCUUCUUCCGGCCAUCAUCCCAGCUGCUGUCAAAUCCGCCGGUGAGCCAGCCAUCCUGGUAAUGCAGGAAGUUGAGGAUGCUGUGGAAGCAGAUUUUGUGACGCAGUACCGCCCAGAAACCACCUAUCUCUGGGGCUCGGCAUCUGCAGGAAGCUUGGCAGGGCUUCUUGGGCAAGAAGUGGCUUUGACAGCGUCCUCCACCUGUGCUGCGUCAGCCGUGCUGGCGCAGCAUUUCUGGCAUGAAAGCUCUGAGAUCGUCGUGGCAAAAUGUGAUGCCCUCGGCACUGUGCGCGAUGACUAUGCAGCAGCGCUGAUGGCCGCUCCCCUGGCAGCGAAACACGGUGUGCCGCUGAUUCUUGUCGAUGACCAGGCUACCCUGAAGUCGGUGAUCGAUGCGCUGAAGGUGCAAGAGCUUUUCUACGUGGGAGCUGCAGCUUGGGAUAAUUCCUUCGUACCACAAACCGAUCUGCGCGAUGGCGUGGAGGUCUACACUACAUUGGGCAAGCCCGAGUACUUGGCAAUCGCCAAUCCUUCUGAUCUGCAAGCGCCGAUAUUCAAGGGUCUUUCAGCUAUGGCACCUAUGAUUGCUUCACUUCGAGGAGGUGCAGUGCUUCCCGUGACGGGUGGAGACGUUUCUGCGGAUGCGAUCAAGCAGCAGCUGAAGGCGCACAUUGCGCACGGCAUGCCAAAGUAUGUGGCUCUGGUGGGUGGACCUCAUGCCGUUCCACCUCAUUGUGAAAUUGGCAACUUCUUCGGUGAGGAGAAAUGCCGCGAUGCGCCGUAUGCGGAUUUGGAUGAGGACAUCUUCCUCGAUGUUGCCUUGGGGCGCAUUGUAGCACGAAACUUGGCAUCGGCGAGCCUUCUAGUGUCUCGCAUCGGCAACUAUGACUAUGUCCGUGACGCAGCUUCAGAAGGUCGCUUUGGCAUGGGAGGGAAUUUGAAAUCCUCUGCAGACAGCAUCCGACCCGCUCUCACCAAUGUGGGUUUCAGUGUGGACAUGGUGGAUGAACACGAGCUUGCGCAACUCCAGAAGCUUCAGGUCUCUGCGUUCAUCCACGUGGACCAUGCUGGAGCUGGAGGAAUGGGUCAUUCCUUCAAGUACAACACCAAGGUGCUGCUGUCUCCUUCUGUGGUGAGUUCUGGUGGUUGCUCCACAGCUGGCUUCGACAAACUCAGCGAUCCUAUGGACUCGGUGGUCUUGACACUGCUGCAUUACGGAGCUGUGGCAUUUCUGGGUGGGCCGCGGAAUGCGAUCACCGCCUCCGGCUUGGUGCAUGCUGCCUUUUGGAAUGAAAUCGCGCUGGGCAAGAGCAUUGGCGAAGCCUUCGUGGCAGGUUGGAACAACGUGGCGCUGAACCACAUAGAUCAGGCCACGGAUGCUGCUCAGAAGACCGCCGAGUACGUGAUGAUGAACAUCGCUUUGAUGGGGGACCCGGCCUUCAAACUCUUCAUUCCAAGUGCGCCGCAGCAGCGGCCGGCUGAAGUCGUCCAGAUGAGCAAUGGUCGUUUGAAGGUCACAGGCCCACAACAGUGGACCAAAUUCAAAGCUGAUCAGUCCUUGUCUGACGAGUGGAAUUGGCAAGGAGAUCUCUACUACUAUGGGGCCCCUGGAGCCACGCCACAGAAGAUGUGGCAUGGAAGCAAGCUCCAUGAUGUUGAGUUCCCAUACCUCUAUGCGCGCUUUACCACGACGGCGGACGUGGUGGGCUUCAAGGCAUCCGAAGUGCCUCUUCCACUGGGCUGGACCGGCCCUGAUCGCGGACGCGGCUAUCCCGGUUCAGCUGGCACCAGCUUGCACGAGGACCGCCACGCAGAUGGCAGCAAGACGCUCAUGUGGCGCGUGCGUCUCCUGGACUACGACUGUGAGACCGGCGAGGUGACGGGUCAGCUCGCGGACCAGACCUACGAGAUGAUCCUCGGAGGCUCCGCCAAGCCCACGCCGCACGACUUGUGUCAAAAGGGCUGCGUUGAGGCUGGUUAUUGCUGCGGCCGUGACAGUGGAUGCGGGCGUCCCAGCUGUGGGCAGGGCUGCGAGAUUGCUCUCUACUCCAACACCCUUUACUCCUGCAUCAACGAGUGUAAAGCCAAGACGGGAUGUUUUACAUGGAGCUUGGCUUUCGGACAGACCAACAUGUGCACGGUAUGCACUGCUUCUGGUGGCGGCUCAUGCUCCGAAAGCUGCGAGCCCGAAGGUGGAUGCGAGUAUGCUUGCAGGAGCAUGAACUUGCCUGCCCCUCCUACGACGACCUUGUCAACAACACUGGCUCCGGUGGACAUUUGCAAGGCGCAAUGCAGCCAGGACGGCUAUUGCUGUGGCCGUGACAGCGGCUGCGAUCGACCAAGCUGUCAGCUUGGCUGUGAGAUCGCCUCCCAAUCGACUGGCGGAUCUUGCAGCGAGAACUGCGAGAACGCCGGCGGCUGUCAGCACGCGUGCUCCGUGAUGUUUGCCGGGUCCGGUCACAAGGGCAGCGUGCCCUCGACCCGCUUUGGCUACGUCUCCGCGGUGAAUGGUGACUUCAUGUACGUGUUUGGGGGCUACGAUGGCUCAGCAUGGUUGAAUGACAUGUUCGACUUUGACUUUGAGCGGGGGGCGUGGUACUCCACUCAGGUGCAGGGCUUCAUCCCUUCUGGAAGGAGCUGUCCCUCCUGGGCAACGCACAACGGCUCAGUGUACCUCUUUGGCGGCUAUGACGGCGUUCACAGGAUGAACGACUUUCAUCAGUUCAGAAUGGGCUCCAGGACCUGGUCUUCCGUGAGGUCGGCUGGUCAGGUGCCCUCGCCGCGGUAUUUUCAUGCCAGCGUUGUCUAUGGAAAUUCGCUCUUCCUCUUUGGGGGCUACAGUGGGCAGGAGAGGUUGAACGACCUCUACGAGUUCCGCUUUGACUGUCACACCUGGUUUGUGCUAAGCACAGAGGAUCCGCCAAGUGGCAGGUCAUCUUUAGUAGCAGAGGUCUUCAACAACUCGCUGUAUGUCUUCGGCGGCUACAAUGGCAGCAUAGUGCUGAAUGACUUCUAUGAGUUCCGAUUCGAGCCUGUGAGCGUCCCGCCAAGCAAUUUGGUGGAUGACCUGCGGAAGCUCAUAAACAACCCAGCUUUUGCAGAUGUGACAUUCCUCGUGGAAAACCAGUCGGUUUAUGCCACGCGUGCGCACUUGGCAGCCCGCUCGGAACACUUCCGGGCGCUCUUCUACGGCGGCAUGCGGGAAUCGUCCGAUGCUGGACAGAUAGUGCUCCAGGACGUGGCGCACCCGGUCUUUCUGCUUCUCCUAGAGUAUAUCUACACUGACCAGGUGGGAGACAUCUCCUCUGACCUGGCAGUGCAUCUCCUCAUUGCCGCUGAGCGGUUCCUGUUGGACCGCCUCAAGGCGCUGGGAAAGGGCGUCACCACCGUGCACUCGGAAUACUGCGCGCUACACCUGACCUUGUUGAGUUUGCUGGGCUCAUCGUGCAGGCUGGUUUUCAAGAGCAAUGACAAGAGCUUGCCCAUGGAGAAGGCCUCGGAGCCUGGCUUUUGGCGGCUAGAGACUGAAGGGGGAGCAGGAGAAGCAUAUUCCUUCGUGGCCGAAUGGGUGCAGGAGUUCCGACAUUGUGGCCGGUUUUCGGCCUUCGGCGCGCCACAGCCGGAGGCGGAAGAGGUGGGCCUGCAACCAAAGGACCUUCCCUGUGUAGAGUCCACCGACCCUGAAGCGGAUGCUGCCGCCUCCAGCGUGGGCGCGGGCUCAGAGGCGGCCAUGGCGAAGGCAGAGGAUACAGAACAAGAGGAGGCGAGUACUCAGGAGAAGAGCGACUCCGAGCGGAUGGGUCUGUCUGAGUUUCUUUUGGAGGCAAUCGACAACCUUGCUGUUGCUGUCACUGACGGCUGCGGAGUGAGGCUGAGUUUGCUAGUUGCCCCUCGAGUUGUCAUCGCUGGCGCGCAGGUUGUGGCAGUGGAUGGCAGCUGGGGCCCUUUGAGCUUGCGGAAGGUGAAGGCCGAUGCAGACGAGGUUGAAGGCGAGGCCCUGCCCAGCAAGUGGAUCGGCGAUGCUGUGGACUGCAGCACUGAUGGCGGGGCGGAGUUCACGCUGCGAGUGCACAGAAGAGACUGGAGGGCUGACCCUAAUGCGCACUAUCUUGAGCAAGAAGAAGGUUUGGGCUGGGCUGGGUAUUUUGACGGCCUGCCCCCCGACGAGGUCGCUGCCCCACUUGGUCCCAACGUCUGGAGCCGCAGGUCUGCGAAAUCGCUGCCAUCCACAGUUUCGUUUCAACGCUGUGCAGAUAGAGAGCUGGUGCUCUAUGAGCUGCACCUGGGCAGUUUUACGAGCAGCGGUACGUUGAAGGAGGCUGCUGCAAAGCUGACCCACGUGAGAGACUUGGGUUGCACGGCUAUUUCACUAAUGCCAGUCCAACAAGAUGCGCGGCGCAUGGUCACUGGCGAAGCUGACCGUUGGGGCUACGAUGUCAUCUCCUUUGCCGCCGUGGACACUUGCUAUGGCACGCUGGAGGAGUUGGCACAGUUCGUGCGGGUGGCCCACAUGCUCGGCCUGGCUGUCAUCGUGGAUUUUGUGUUCAACCACAUGAUGUGGGGUGCACCAUUCCUCUACGGUCCACAGCUCUUCCUGGAAGAGGAGACGGUUUGGGGGCCACGGCCCGACUUCUCCAAGGCGCAGGUGAAGCGGUUUAUCCUGGCAGCUGCAGAGCUGCUCUUGCUAAGCAUCGGGGCAGACGGGCUCCGCAUCGACUCCACCAAGUCCAUCCGAAAACUGCCGGCAGGUGGCCCAGAUACCCACGGGUGCGAGCUGCUGGCAGAGCUUGCAGCACUUUGCAGGCAGCAUGGCAAGCUUGCCAUAGCAGAGGACUUGGAGGAUGGUGAUGGUCUUCUUCAGUGGGGAGGACUGGGACUACAUCUCCAGUGGGACAUGGCCCUAUUUUGCUGGAUCUACGAUGCUUUGGUGCACCCCUUGGACGAGUUUCGAGGCAUCCACAAGGUGGUGCAAGGGCUGGUUGGUUUGGCACCGGGCCGAUCCCAUGCCUUGCGCGGGAGGGUGGCAUGCGAGAGCCAUGACACAGCGGCGUGCGACCGCUACGGCCGCGUUCCUGCAGCUGUGCAUCAUGGCAAGCCGUUCAUGGUGGAGGCUGAGGGCGAGGGCGGCGACGCCUUUCAACAAGCAGGGGCAGCACUGCCAUACCCGGAUGAGGAAGAGGUGACAGAGAAUCCCUUUGCCGCACGCAGGGCUGCCCUAGGCCUUGUGCUGGUGAUGACGGCCCCGGGCAUCCCCAUGCUGCUGCAGGGUCAGGAGGUGUGUGAGUGCCGACCCUUCAAGUGGCCACAAGGCCCUGCGCUGGAUUGGUCUCGUGUCCAGGAUGCAACUGGUAACGCUGCCACAUGGCUUCAGCUUUGCCGAGACCUGACUGCCUUGCGGACUGGCAAGAGCAGCACCCACGUGACAGAGCUGGGACCUGCACCACCGCUGCAGGGCGAUGGGGUGCACGUGUUUCACGAGCACGGCGGGGUGCUAGCCUACCUGCGCUGGUCUGAAGCUGAGGACAGCCGGGACAGGCGGCAUGUUCGAGCACGCCUUGCGCUGGUCGUGGUGAACUGGAGAAACACCGUGCGCGAGAGCUACCAGCUUGGGGUGCCACCCUCGAAAAGCUGGCGACUUGCCCUGUCUGUGCCGGAGCUUGAAGGCGCCCAGAGCGAAGUGGAGGUGAACUCACACACUCCCACCCACAGCUUCCCGUGCUCCGUCAGCAUCACACUUCAGGCCUACACAGUCAUACUGCUUCAGGAGAGCUGAGCUGGAUGGUCACAGUGAUCUGAGUCUUUGUCAGCUGCUGGCAAGAGCAUGCCUCAAGCAGAAAGUGCAGAGCAGCCUGUUUGCCAAACAUGGGCUCAGUGUCCGAGCAAUGAAGGUAGUAGAAGCCUGAAAGCAGAGUAGGUUCUCCUUGUUUCUGCAGGCAUCCUGCCACCGUA